AUUUUUCUUAUUGGAAAGGGAAAUCCCAGAUGAAUUAAAGAUUAGGAUGGACCUUGGGAAGUCUCAUGCUGAGUGAAGGGGGCCAGCCCCAAAGGCCACUGUCUUGUGAGUCCCCUUCCGUGGCCCGCCCAGAACGGGAUGAUCUGCAGUGGUGGAAAGUGGAUUCCUGGCCUCCAGGGCCUGGGGUGGGAUUGGUGGGCACGGGGGGUCCUUUGAGGGGUCAGGAAUGUUCUAGAACAGGAAUAUGGUGAAGGUUGCCACAGCCCUUCAAAUGCACUAUUAACAUUUACUUGUACAUUUAGGAGGGAUGAAUAUUACGGGAUGUAAGGGACACCCGCCAACUUGUUAAAAUAAUCAGAGGUGAUCUGGAAGUGGUCUGUCCCUCAGCUGAGGCAAAGCAGGAGAAUGUAACCAUGGUCCCAAGGGAUGGGGCCGGAGCGGAGCUGCAGGGCAGGGUGUGUGGGAGUCCCAGCCCAGGCACCCGACCGUGAACACCCUCUCCUCCCUAUGACGAAGCAGACAAAGCAGACGGACCCCGAGGUCUGUGAGGAGACAGCUCUGGCCUUUAGCUGAUGAAGGUGGGGGGCGUUGGGCUGGCCCUUGGAGGUCGCAGGUUCUGCCUGGCCCUGCUGCCUGGCGGCCGGUGCUGGGGGCUCCCGGCCCGCUGCUGGGCCCGCAAAAACCUGCGUGCACACGGGGCUCGGUUUCCCGCAGGCACAAAGCGCUGCGUAGUUGCGGGGCUCAAGGUGAGCUGCUGCGGCUCUGAAGACCCAGCAGAGCCCGACGGAGGGGAAGGAGCGCCUGCGGCCUGCAGCAGGAGCGGGGGUGCCCGGCGGAGCGCGCGCCGCUCUGCUCCAGGCACUGGCUGCUGCUUCCCUUGGCUCUCCACGCAAAUAAGCUGAAAACCCAGCACGAUCUGAUUGGCCCGCGGAUUAUGCAAAGAAGGCAAAAACUCAGCACCCUCUGAUUGGUAUAAAAAGAGCAGGGCCUGGCCCAAACCCUCAGUCCUUGGCAACGGGGAGGGGCCCUCCCGGCAGCUCCAGCGGGGGCAGUGGGGGGCUCCUGCAAGAAGCCGCCUCUGAGGUCGCCCCUCCGCCUAUGCUUCGUGACAGCGCAUCGGGCUCCGCUCCCAGCUCCCCGUCAACCUUCUCCUGCCUGACCGGGUCCGUUUCAGGGACGCAUCCUGUGCUUCGGCAGAGGCUCGGCCCUUGCAGCUGGGACCCGGCCGCGGUGCACCCUGGGGCUGUGGCCUGCGAGGAGCCACUCAUCUCGCCGCUCCUGACCCCGCGCUGCCCAGAGCUGCCGCCCUUGACGCCCACGCCCGUCACCACCACGCCUCCCCUCCUGCCGCGCCACCCUCCGGACCGCCGUCCAGGCUUCCGUGAUCACGUGGGGGACCUGGAGGCUCCUGCCGUGGUUCUCAGCCGCCUCUGCUCCUGUUCUCACGUCUCCGGCUCAUCUCAGAGCCACCAGAGGGCUGGGGUGGCCCUUGGCUCAGUCAGACUCCCCAUGGAGCUGGGAGGGCGUAACAGCUCCGGACUGCACAGCAGCCCCAGGACACCAGGAAACGUCCAUCUGCCCGGAGGGGCACCCUGGGGGCAGCUAAAGGAGCAGAUGCGAAGGGCAGAAACAGAAGCCUGGGCAGCCCAGAUGGACCCGGUCUGUCAUCCCGGUCUGAAUCCCUGGGGAUUUGUUGGUGGGUGGGGUGGGGUGGGAGGGUUGAGACUGUAAGCAUAGCAAUUUACAUUUUUUUGUCUUAAAAGUGUAAACAUUACAAUGCAAAUAUAUUGCCUUCUGUUUAAUACAAAUCACAUUAUUUGAUCCUGAUUAUGCAAAAAUCAGAAAACGGUGAAAAUCCCAAAGUAGGAGUUAA